CCUCAACCCUCAAGAGCCCCACGCCUCGAUGGGUUCUGGGCUUUGGCGCUCCCCAUUCUCCGUCACUGCUGCCCCGCUGGCUGCGCUCUGCCUCCGUUCCUGCGCGCCGGCGCCGCUCAACGACUCCCCGGGCUCCGGUCUGCAUCUUAAAGGAGAUUUUCUUAUAUUUUGGUGAAGAUGAAGAGAACUCAAAGGGCACAGUCAAGAAAAACCAACUCAUGGUGGUGGGGUAGCCAUAUUAGUCCGCAAAACUCUAAGUGGCUCUCUGAGAAUAUAGAAGUUAAGGACUGUGAUCUUCUAUGCUUGUCAAACAACCAGACAGUGUUGUUCUUUGCUAUACAUGGUGAUCUGUAGCGGCUCAGUCCUGCAUGGUUUAGAUACUUAUUAGUCUUCACUCUAACUAGGCAUGCCAGGUUGUUUUCUGAAUAUAAUGUUCUUUUAAAUGAACAGAAAUGGAGAAGCAAGUAAAAGAGAUGCUGGGGUUCGUUGAGGAUGAAGGUGAAUUCUCUGCAGAAAAGGCUGAGGCGUAUUACCAGAAACGCCCUUUGCUUAUUACUCAUGUCAAGAACUUCUAUCACAUGUAUCGUGCUCUUGCUGAGCGGUAUGACAGUGUGACUGGAGAACUGCGCAAAAAUAUUCCAUCAAGUCUGCAAUCACAUGGUUCUUUUGGUAUCUCUGAAUCAGAUUCUGAGACACAAUCUUCUUCUCCGUCUCCAGAGUCUGACAUGCAAGAAAAGAUGCCGCAGCAAAAGCAAAACCCCCUACCAGAUUUCUCUGAUGUUUCAAUUGGCUCUGGUGUAAGCUCUGAAGUUUUCAAGAAAGGGAGUGAAUCUUCGGAAUCUGAUUCAGAGCUUGAAGAGGCCAAAGAGAAAAAUGGCAGUAUUUUUUAUGCCUUGAGCCAAAAAAUUAUUGAGCUAGAAGACGAGCUUCAUGAAGCAAAGGAAAAACUUGACGCUUUAGAGGAAAAGAACAUGCAUUGCCAAUGUGAUUUUGGUACCGACUCAAAAGUUUCUGAACAUGAGGAAAACCUGCAGAGUUCAGAUAUGGAAUUCAACAACCUUCAGAAUGAUCUUGAAGAAAGGGCUUCUGCUUUAGAGAGCUUGACAGAAGUCAACAGUGAAAAGGAAGUAUUGGAAGCUGUGCUGUUGGAGCACAAAAACGAGAUCGAAGUGCUGAAAGGAGCAAUGGCCUCAGCUUCUAAGCAGUUUGAGGUUGAAUUGGCGCAUCGUGAUCUUGAAAUUGAUAAGUUCAAGCAUGAGGUUGGAGCACUCUCAGAGAAAUAUCUGCAUGAUAAGUCUACUAUUGAGGCUGAACUUAGAAACCUCCAGCGAGUUAUCAAGAAUUUGUUAGAUGACCUAGCAAAAAUGUCACAGGAGAAAUUGCAGCUCGAGUCUCAGAUUGAAGAGCUUGAACAGGCAGCUCACAGCUUAGAAUAUUCGGCUUCUGAGAUAGUGAAGCUGCAAGAAGUAAUGAAGAAUACACAAGCAGAGUUAGAAAAGGUUGCAGAGGAGAAAGAAGUACUCAAACAACGUAAUAUCGAAUUCGAGCAACUUAUUAAGGACUUUGAGGUUUCAGGUAGAGAGGUUGCUAAGCUACCAGAAACCAUCAAGAACCUGGAAGCCCAGCUAGAAAGAGCCUUAGAAGAGAAAUCAAUACUUCAAGACCGGAUCAAGGAGAUGGAACAAGUAACGUGUGAUUCAUUGGAGAAACAGUCACAGGAGCAGUCCUCUCUUAGUGCUGAUCUUUUAAAGUUGUCUGAAGUGAAUGCUUCUCUUGAAAGCAAACUGUCCUCCGUAGAGGCAGAGCUUAUGCAAGUCUAUGUUGACAAGGAAGAAGAAUCCCUCAACAGCGAGAAGCAAAUUUCUGUGCUGAAUCAAGAUCUUACUAAUCUCAGGAGCAAGCUCGAAUUAUUGUCAUCUGAGAAAGCCACAGUUGAUGAUAAGUUGGCCAAUCUGCUAACUGAUAUUAUGACUCGUGAUGAAAAUAUGAAGCAGAUGGAUCACCACCUGAAUCAGCUUCAGCUCGAGCACGCCAAGCUGAUGGCAGAGUCUGAAGUUGCGCGCAAGUCCUUGUCAGAGCUGCGUGCACGGGUUUCUGAGCUGGAGGAAGUGGUGGAGAAUCAGAAGCUUGUGAUCUCGGAGAGCGCCGAGGGAAAGCGGGAGGCCAUCAGGCAGCUGUGCUUCUCCCUUGAACACUACCGCAGCGGGUAUCAGCAGCUGCGGCAGCUGCUGCAUGGCCACAGGAGGCCAUUGGUGGUGGCAACCUGAUAAAUGAACGUGAUGCACAUCCUUCUUGGACGCCCAGCAUCGGCUUGCCAAUGAAACGCAUAGUUUCGUAUGUCUGGCCCUGUUCUUUCUGUAGCCUUGUUUUUUCACAACUUGUGCCGUGGAGCUUAUUCAGUUAUUAUGAAUGCUGUGGUAUGUGUGUAAAAUGUAAUGGGGUGGGAUGGUCGUGUCGUUCCUUUAUACUCCGAUGAGUUUUGUUCUUGUUGUCAGCUAUUGAAUAUUAUGAAUGUUGUGCUAGUAUGAUUUUGAUC